AUGUCUCAUCGUGACUGGGAUCAAUCAUGCAAAGUGUACAUUGGUAAUUUGGGCCAAAAUGGUACUAAACAUGAAAUUGAAGCAUCAUUCACAAAGUAUGGUCCAUUGAAAAAUACUUGGAUUGCUAGAAAUCCACCUGGCUUUGCUUUCGUUGAAUUUGAAGAUCCUAGGGAUGCUGAAGAUGCAGUCAGGGGACUUGACGGAACCCGCAUCUGUGGAGUACGUGUGCGUGUUGAAAUGUCUAGCAAUAGACCUCGUGGUGGACGCGAUGGUCGUGGUGGUGGUGGAGGGGGCGAUCGCAGAGGUGGCGGCGGCGGAGGAGGUGGUGGAUACAACAGAGGUCCUCCACGUUACAAUGAUAGAUCACGAUCACGAUCUCCCAAACGUCGUGCACCGCCUUCACGGUCACGUUCAAGGAGCUACUCACCAAGACAACGUCGUACGUCACAUUCCUAA